GAUAGUACAAAGUUAAAAUCAAGGGCAAAAAAGAGCAAUUAACUCAGCUUAAAAAGUAAUGAACAAGAAUUCAAUUCCUUCCUCUUUCUCAAGAUAACCUCAAAGAGUUCUACUUAGGAAACAUAUGCUUUAGCCAUCUUUAAUCCUUUUUCUCUUCUCUCUAUCUCUCUCUCACGCCUUUGUUUAUUCUAACGAAGUUGUGAGAACCGUGGAGGAAGAAAAGAGAAGAGAGGUAAUGCACAAGAGGAAACUAAGAGACACAAAACAACAUGACUUGGUGCAAUGACCGUAGCGAUGUUCAAACCGUUGAAAGAAUCAUUCCCUCUCCAACAGCAGCGCAGUCUCCUGCAGCUUCGUUUCAAGUCUCUACUCACAAAACGUGUCCUUCUUGUGGCCAUAAAUUCAAGUUUCAUGAACAGGCGGGGAUCCAUGACUUGCCGGGACUACCUGCCGGAGUUAAGUUCGAUCCGACGGAUCAAGAGGUAUUGGAGCAUCUUGAAGGAAAGGUAAGAGACGACGCAAGAAAGCUUCAUCCUCUCAUCGAUGAGUUCAUUCGUACUAUCGACGGUGAAAACGGUAUCUGUUAUACACAUCCUGAGAAAUUGCCAGGUGUGAACAAGGAUGGGACGGUCCGUCAUUUCUUCCACCGACCGUCAAAGGCAUACACGACGGGAACAAGAAAGCGACGUAAAGUCCACACUGACUCCGAAGUAGGUGGCGAGACACGGUGGCACAAGACAGGAAAAACACGUCCUGUUCUCACCGGAGGAAGAGUGAGAGGCUACAAGAAAAUCCUAGUGCUCUACACAAACUACGGCAAACAAAAGAAACCGGAAAAGACUAAUUGGGUGAUGCAUCAGUAUCAUCUUGGUACCAAUGAGGAAGAGAAAGAAGGCGAGCUCGUCGUCUCCAAAGUAUUCUACCAAACUCAACCACGCCAAUGUGGUGGCUCGGUUGCUGCCGCAGCCACUGUGAAGGAGCGACCUUACGGACACCACCUUGGUGUUGGUGGUCGCCACCUUCAUUACCAUCUUCAAAACGUUAAAGGCAAUGGUGGUGGAGGAUCUGCUGGAGCCGGUGAGUAUUAUAACAAUAUUCCGGCGAUCAUCUCGUUUAAUCAAACCGGGAUACAGAACCACUUGGUUCAUGACUCUCAAACUUUUAUCCCUUGAAGAAAGUAACUUCGAUAUGAAUGGUCGACAAAUAAGAGAAGAGGUUUAUUAUACUAUAGUAACACAUAAAUACAUUGAGAAUAAUUUAAAUAUACUGUGCAAUCAUAUAUACGUAACCAUUUUGUCAUUAUGUUUUUCCCGUUUUGAUUAUACUGUUUUGUACACAAGUUUAACACCUUGGACUGAUCAUGAAAAAAAUGUACAAAGAUCUCUUGGUACAUUAAAUUCAUUUUCAUAUUGUGUUUGCAAGCUUUGGU